GGAGGGUUUAAAGGCAGGUGCGCCGAGUCAGCUCGCCAUGUCCAGAUCCGGGGACAGGACCUCCACCUUCGACCCUAGCCACAGUGACAACCUGCUGCACGGCCUCAACCUGCUGUGGAGGAAGCAGCUGUUUUGCGACGUGACCCUGACGGCCCAGGGCCAACAGUUCCACUGCCACAAGGCCGUGCUGGCCUCCUGUUCGCAGUACUUCCGAUCGCUCUUCUCCAGCCACCCCCCUCUCGGGGGAGGGGUCGGUGGCCAAGACGGCCUAGGGGCUCCCAAGGACCAGCAGCAGCCGCAGCAGCAGCCGCCGCAGCAACAGCAGCAGCAGCAGCCGCCUCCGCAGGAGGAGCCCGGGACUCCUUCCUCCUCCCCCGACGACAAGCUGCUGACCAGUCCUCGGGCCAUCAACAACCUGGUGCUGCAGGGCUGCUCGUCCAUUGGGUUGCGCCUGGUGCUGGAGUACCUCUACACGGCCAACGUGACCCUCUCCCUGGACACGGUGGAGGAGGUGCUGUCGGUCAGCAAGAUCUUGCACAUCCCCCAGGUCACCAAGCUCUGCGUGCAGUUCCUCAACGACCAGAUCUCGGUACAGAACUACAAGCAGGUGUGCAAGAUCGCAGCACUGCACGGCCUGGAGGAGACCAAGAAGCUGGCCAACAAGUACCUAGUGGAGGAUGUGCUGCUGCUCAACUUCGAGGAGAUGCGCGCCCUUCUGGACUCGCUGCCGCCCCCCGUGGAGUCUGAGCUGGCGCUCUUCCAGAUGUCCGUGCUGUGGCUGGAGCACGACCGCGAGACCCGCAUGCAGUACGCACCGGACCUCAUGAAGCGCCUCCGCUUUGCGUUGAUCCCGGCCCCGGAGCUGGUAGAGCGGGUCCAGUCAGUGGAUUUCAUGCGCACCGACCCGGUCUGCCAGAAGCUGCUGCUGGACGCCAUGAACUACCACCUGAUGCCCUUCAGGCAGCACUGCAGGCAAAGCCUAGCCAGCAGAAUUCGCUCUAACAAGAAAAUGCUGUUAUUGGUUGGAGGACUGCCCCCGGGGCCGGACCGGCUCCCCAGCAAUUUGGUUCAGUACUACGAUGAUGAAAAGAAGACAUGGAAAAUACUCACAAUUAUGCCAUACAACAGUGCCCAUCACUGCGUGGUGGAGGUGGAAAACUUCCUGUUCGUGUUGGGUGGAGAGGACCAGUGGAACCCAAAUGGAAAACACAGUACAAAUUUUGUCAGCCGAUAUGAUCCCCGAUUUAAUAGCUGGAUACAACUUCCACCCAUGCAAGAAAGAAGAGCCAGUUUCUAUGCAUGUCGGUUGGACAAACAUUUAUAUGUUAUUGGUGGAAGGAAUGAAACCGGCUACUUGUCCAGCGUGGAAUGCUACAAUCUAGAAACAAACGAAUGGCGUUAUGUGUCCUCUUUGCCACAGCCUCUGGCAGCUCACGCGGGAGCAGUGCACAAUGGGAAGAUAUACAUUUCAGGGGGUGUACACAAUGGAGAAUAUGUCCCUUGGCUAUAUUGUUAUGACCCCGUGAUGGACGUCUGGGCUCGAAAACAAGAUAUGAACACAAAACGUGCCAUCCACACUUUGGCUGUAAUGAAUGAUCGCUUAUACGCAAUUGGAGGAAAUCAUUUGAAAGGUUUCUCCCACCUUGACGUUAUGCUCGUAGAGUGUUAUGACCCAAAAGGUGACCAGUGGAAUAUUCUCCAAACACCCAUUUUGGAGGGUCGAAGUGGUCCUGGAUGUGCAGUGCUUGAUGACAGCAUUUAUCUUGUAGGAGGCUACAGCUGGAGUAUGGGGGCCUACAAGUCAUCUACAAUAUGCUAUUGUCCAGAAAAAGGCACCUGGACAGAACUCGAAGGAGAUGUAGCAGAGCCACUGGCAGGCCCAGCCUGUGCCACAGUCAUCCUGCCAGCCUGCGUACCUUACAACAAAUAACACCAGGAAACCCUGGAAUGAACAAUAUCACAUUCUAGGAAGCAGUAACAGGUGACAUCACUAUGAUAAUAGGAACAAUGCAUUCUAGUGGUACAACUGCCGAAACCCACCCUUGGUUUCUGAUGAUUUUCAAUUAACUCUGAAAGAAAAAGACCUGUUCUUGAACAGAUGAUAUGUCUGUAACUCGGAUCACAUCAGACUUGGUGUGACAGACUCUUCCAUUUCAGACUGGUUUUAACUUGUCCCAGCUUCACAAAACUCCUCAUAUGGAUCUUAACCUUCAAAAGGAGAAAGGUAAAAUACAGAAGAGUGCCCCCAGAGAGACCUCAGAUCAGUAUUGUGCAUUGUAGUCUACCUGCAUGUGAUCUAUGUUGAAGUUUCAGGGAUAUUGUGUUCAUGAAUGAUUUAGAAUCUGACCCACCAAGAUACUAACACUGCAUUGCAGAAAUUGCCACUUAAUCCUAUAUUCCUAAUCUGUGGCUACUUCACAGACUCCAUAGGCAACACAGUUAGAGAAAACCAUGUAAGAUUAAAGAGGAGAAUUUUUGUUACUAUACAACUGCAUUUUGUAGACCUACCCUUAACAUCACCUCAUGGAGUCAGAGAAGAGAAAGAUGUUGGCUUUUGUAGCAAUUGCUUUCUGUCCAGUAGGUUCUAGGCGAACGAGAUUCAUAAUUUCUUUGUUUUUAAUUUUCUCUGAAAGAGGAAAAAAUAUACGAUAUCACUCUUCAGCUCAUGGAGACCCUUGCUUUCUCAUCUUUUUAACAUCAUAUAGGAAGUGAUACAUGUGUUACUUGCUUCAAAACAAGGCUGGAAAAGCCUGUCAUACAACACUGAAGAGAUUCUAAGACAAUACAAGUGACCCAAUCGGCCUGUGAUGAAAACUAGGAGCUUGCAUUCAGAAAUUCAGGGACAAAAAGAAAGAAGUUUCUUUUAACUGCAAUCCCGGUUGUCUCUCUGUACCUAAAACAUAAAACUUAAGAGUUAUAGGAGCAACUUAUAGCUCCUAGUGAAAUACAUUCCCCUCUUCCUCACUAGAAAAGUCUAAAUUAGACUGUAGAACUACACAUGAUUUACCCUCAUUUUCCCCCCACCUCAUAUUUGUUUGUUAUCACCAGAGAUGCCUGAGCUCAGUGAAGGGAGCAAUUGCUGGUUGUCUUCAGGAGCAUGAAGAAUUUAGGAACAGAGGUCAGGAGAGCAUGAGAUAGGCACAGUGUGGCCACUCAAAAGAAAAAAAAACUGGCAGGAAAGUGAAUUCGAUUAAUUGGUUGGUUGUUUCAAGCUCUUCAGACCCUAACUGUUGUUGUUUCAGUUAGGAGUAAAUCAAAGCCUAAAAUAUAUUUUAAUCACCCAGAAAUGCUGUUGAAUCUCUCAACAAAUGUGUCAUUCAAAGCAACAACAUGGGAAGCCACAGAUUAAAAUGCCUUGGUGAUAAACUUUCACUGUGGAGCAUGUCGCGAUGGAUGGGUGUACUGGAAUCCAAUGAUGUUUCUACAGUAAAGUGCAAUCUUUGUUGUUUUUGUAUUUAUUUGUAUGUUCAGAUCCAAAGGAUCCGUUGUAAAAAAUA